AUGCUUGUAAGUCCUGCUGGAGGGACUAGAUUACCAGCGUCCACCGCAAUGCGCAUUUCCCUGAAUCGAUACCACAACUUUGACAUCAGCCAGGGCAAGGUGGAUGCGCUCUUUGACAAGAUCGAGGAGCUGGGGAUCAAGCUGGAGGAGAUCGAGGAGAGCUUCGUGAGAGGGUCCGGGGCUGGAGGGCAGAAGAUUAACAAGACAGCGAACAAUGUUCAGAUGAAGCAUCUACCCACAGGGCUGCAAGUGAGCUGCCAGAGGGAGAGAGAGCGGGAGAAGAACAGGUUCAUCGCUCUCCGACAGCUAGUGGAGAAGAUCGAGGCGGCAAGGUCAGGGAGCGGUAUGAGCAAGGACGACGCUGCGGCGAUAAAGAAGAGGAAGCAAAAGGCAAGAAGGAAGAGAAGGUCCAAGUCUGCGGCUGAGAGACAGGAGGGAGGGGAAGGAGAAGGAGAAAGUUACAGUGAAGACGAUGACGAUGUCGAUGGUGAAGAAGUACGAUCGUGA